CUACCUGCAGUACAAUGCAAUCUACAUUUGCAAUAUUUUUUUAUGUGUUCAAUGUACUACCAAUACAUCGAAAGUGCUUAUUUUUAAUAGAUUACGUUUGGUUUUGUUCUACUUUCGACUAACUGUAAUUAUUAUUAAACAAGUGUAAAGUACGUAAAAACUUUUAACUUCUUCUGUGAACAAUAUCUCUAUGAAAGUUUAAAGGAUGAAUGACAAGAUAAAUAAUUAGGAUAACCGAAUACCGCCCUAGAGUCGAAAAUACGUUAUAAGCUGUCAAAAUAAUGCCAUGUAUGCUCCGGAUAAUCUUCGAAGAAAGGAAAUUAGAGAUGCUAUGUACCGCAGUAAUUCGAGCCUUGACUUGAUAUACGCCGAACAUCACACUGGUAAUGGUUUGCGUCGAGAAUAUGGCAGCCACGGAUCAAUCGACGUGAUCAGCGCAGCCAGUGAUCGGCUUCCAGCCAUGGUUCACAAUUACAGCUUAAACGUCCCUGAAAAGCCGUCAAGUCUGAGCCGUGUGACGGACCGCUUUGCUGAAGUCAUAGCAAGCGAUCAUGCUGACGGCCCUACUCCUAGAGCUAGUGUUAGUCCCAAAGCACGUCUCAAGUUAAACAAGCUCUGGGGCGGUGCAGCCCCUGUCAGCACGAGAUCAGAAGAUGGCAUAAUAUCCUCGGUUUCUGAUAUUAAUAAGAGGAAGCAAUUUGCACACUACGAUUGCCAAUCUCUUAUGGCAAACUUGAGUUAUGCUGCUGAAAUCCGUGGGGCGUUGUUAAGCAGACGUAGGAACACAACAACGGGUGCCUCUGCUGCAUCGUUGCUUGCAACUCGAGGCUUGCCACCUGGAGAAGAUGCUGUUCCAGAUACAGGCGAUGGUCGAUCAAAUGAAUUGAUUGACAGCUGCCCUUUCUUUAGAAAUGAACUUGGUGGUGAGGAAGAAAGGUGCAUAUCCCUAUGUUCGCGGACAGCUCGAGGUGCGAUAACAGGUCAAUUUGGUGGUUGGCAUCGACCUAAAGCGUCUUACGGAUUUUCCGUGUUGGAGUUUCCACCCGGCCAAUCACAUUGGAGAAACGGAUGUCCAUUUGUUAGAACAAGUUCGCCUCUUCCUAUCGAGAGCCAGGAUCAGGGGGCUUUGUACUAUAGGAAUUAUUUUUAUAGACACCCACAUCAGAACUGGUUCGGUAUGGAUGAGAAUCUUGGUCCCGUGGCAAUAUCUAUAAAGAAAGAACGUGUUGAACUUCGUCGUGGUAAUGGAGAUGCUUCAGCCCCGGCGUCUCAACUCGCCUGGCAGUACCGGCUCAUUGUACGGACAUCAGAACUACUAACAUUACGUGGGUCCAUACUAGAGGACGCCUUACCCACUGUCAAACCUAGCAACAAUACAGCUACGUACAACACUAAAGAAGUAUUGGAUUACAUUGCACCGGAAUUACAGCUGAGUUGUUUGAGACUUGGGAUAACGAAUGGUGGUGCUGAGGAACAGUUGUUGAGAUUGGACGAACAACGCGUAACAAGGCACUACAAGGUCGGUGUUAUGUACUGCAAAAGUGGCCAGUCCACUGAGGAAGAGAUGUAUAACAAUCAAGAGGCGGGUCCAGCUUUCGUAGAAUUCCUUCAGAUGUUGGGACAGACGGUCAGAUUAAAAGAUUUCGAUAAAUAUAAAGCUGGUCUAGACAACAAAACCGAUUCAACCGGCCUCUACUCAGUGUACACCACAUAUCAGGGCUGUGAGAUCAUGUUCCAUGUAUCAACAAUGCUUCCAUACACUCCAAACAACAGACAACAGUUGUUGAGGAAGCGACAUAUCGGCAACGACAUUGUGACAAUUGUCUUCCAAGAACCCGGGGCGGCGCCCUUCACACCACGGAAUAUUAGAUCUCAGUUUCAGCAUGUUUUUGUGGUUGUGAGGGUCAUUGACCCCUGUACAGAGAACACACAUUAUAGUAUAGCCGUAAGUCGUGCCAAAGAAGUGCCUUUAUUUGGUCCACCGAUUAAAGAUGGAGCCGUGUAUCCGAAGGGUGAAGCCUUCACGGAUUUACUUUUAAGUAAAGUCAUAAAUGGAGAAAACGCUGCGAUACAAUCUCCAAAAUUUAGUACAAUGGCGACCCGGACGAGACAAGAGUACCUGAAAGAUCUGUCCAAGAAUUACAUAACAACAACUACAGUUGAAAGCGGACAGAAAUUCUCUAUAUUUUCAUCUCUACUGAUGAAGGGCGGCGGUAAUUCUAACAACAAUACCAUAAUUCCGCGCGUCGAUGAUUGCGCUAAUGACGUGUUAGUCAGAGGAGCGCUGUGUUACCAUGUGCAAGUCCAGGAUGAGGGAGCCGGUGGUUCGAUAUUGGACUGUAUUAUGGGUGUUUCUGCUGAUACAAUUGUUUUAGUCGAAGAAAGUUCAAGACAAAUAGUCCUUGUAAUGCCGACUAAUACAUUACUGGGCUGGGUGGUGAGCGGUCCGUGGGUCCGUAUCUACUACCACCGCGGCGAGAGUGUCCGCGUGUCAUGCAGCGAGCCCCUCCUUCGCCGUGUGGGCAGCGUAUCUCCUCAACACGCGCACGCUCUCUCAGAACUCACCCUGGAGAGGGGCAGCGCACCGCAAUUGGGUUUCCACGUUCAAGCAGACGGUGUAGUGACAGCAGUGGAGGGCGGAGGCCCGGCCGCCCGCGCGGGCGUCCGUCGCGGAGCUCGACUGCUGGAAGUGUGCCGCGCGGCUGUCGUAGCGCUGCCGCACGAAAACCUCGUGGACCUGCUGAAAACAUCCGACCCGGUCACCAUUCGUCUAACAUUCGCGGCGGGUGCGCGUUGUGAAUGUCAAAGUUCGUGCGGCGAGGCUUGGGGUCAACAGCCGUCACGACGUAGACUGUCACCACCGAGAUCUGAUACCUCAGGAUAUGGAACCGGUGGUUCAGGUCGUAGUACUACAUCGGGCCCUGAUGUACGUCGGCGGUCUCACGAAGACGCUUCCCCGAGACAUUCUCGCCGGCCGCGUUCUACUGCACAUUCCUCGCUGACGGAGGAAUUGAUGUGCAUAAUGGACGCCGAACUCGGUGAGAACAAUCGCGGUGGCAGUGGUGGUGUCGCGAACACGAACAGCACCAACAGUAUGUCUUCCACAAACAACAUGUCUACCACCAACAGUGUAUCUACCACCAAUUCAGCACCCCUGCCACUCCCAGACGCCGCGGCGUUGGACUGGGCCGCCUUAGUUCAUACUGCUACCAGGGCUAUGUUGCAGAUUUGUGAAGAACACCAAUAUCCAUCGAUCGAUAACGCGGACGUGCCGUCUGAAACAAGCGAAGUGGCUCUAGACACGUGGUCUGAGAUACCCACCAGCGAGCCAUCGGAUAGCGUGACCAGUUCGAGUGUUGUCGGUGUUAGCGGAAGCGGAUGUGUCUGUGGUCUGGCGGCGAGGGUGGUGGCCUUAGAGGCUGACGCGGCCUCCGCACAGAGACACAGACAUCAUCUCGAGGAGGAGGUCCGGCGUCUGCGUGUCCACAACUCCCGUCUGCGAGAGGAGUCAGCCCGCGCCGUGUGGCAGCUGAGACACUUUACACAGUGGCUCAAAAGAACCGUCGACAAGCAAUGAAACGGUUGUCAACAACUAAGGAAUUGUAUCUCUGUAAUGUCAAUAAUAGUUUUAUAUAAAUUAAUAAAUAGUUAUAUGUAUCAUUGUUUCCAAAGAGUAAUUAAUUAACAGCGAAACUAUGUCAGCUCUGUAUCUUAUGAAGUCUGUGCCUUUAAAGCUUCUAGAGAGGCUGUUGUUUUGGCUUAGCAUUUACUUAACAUUUACUUUGAAUAUAUUUGUGUAAUAAACGUGUUUCAUUAUUAUGACGUUGGAUGAGUGUUGUUGCUGUUUCCAAGAGUGGGUGUAUAUUAUAUGGGUAUGUUUUUAGCGAUCUACCAACUAUAUUAAGAUAUUUAUUUAUUAACCGUGCUUAAGCAUUUGUGUAUUCAGGUUUAGAUUUAGAUAUGUCACAUAAAAUCCUCAUUAGUGUGUUAUGAAAGUUUCAGUGUUUUUUUGAUGAUAAUAAUCAGGUUAUAUUGUUAAUGAUUGACUCGUACUCAGUAGAUUCACAUCAUCCGCAAACGUGUAUGCUACAGUUUUAUGUAAUACAUUUGUAUGUCUUGUAUAUUUUAUAUAAGUAAACAGAUUUUUUUUUCUGUGCGCUUGUGUUUACAUAACGCAAACUAAAAAAACUUGAACUCUGCCAAAUAUUACCUGACUAUAGCACAUAUUGUAAUAGUAAUGGUUGCUUUGCAGCUCCUCUGUGGGAUGGAAGCGUCCGUCGAUCACAGUAUAUGAUUUAUGUGUAAAAUGUAUUUGGUUGAUAUUAAAUCAUUUCUAUAUAAAUGUAAAUAAUAAUGAAUCUCACGUUAGGUAUAGUUUAAACGUAAAAUGAAAGCUUUAUUAGUGUAGGAUCAUCAUCAUAUUAUUAUUAUUAAUAAUUUUGUGUACUAUCUUAUGUAUAUGGUCAAUUAAUUAGUUGGUCGGUUAAAUUGUUGUUGUUGUUAUCGCCACACCAAGGCAGCUAUCUAUUGAUACAACGGAUGUACAUUUUGAGUAUUUUUUUUUUAUAUGUUUGUUCUGUCACAAACUAAGUAUUCAACAAACAAUGACACAUGAUGUCCAUGGACGGAUUUGUAUGUGACAUUUGUUAAUAUUCUUUGUAUAAAGAGAAGGACUCAUUGUAACUGUAGACUUAUGAAGCGAAGUGCCUGAAAUCAUAAAUAAAAAUAAACGUGUAAUUGUCCCGCUUUAUAUUUCAAUGUUUUUCUUUUAAAUCUAUUUAGACUAAUUUAUCUAGUAUUAAUUUUACAAAUGACAUUAAUUGGCAUUUAUAUUUAUCGGGUAUGUCUGUACCUUAUCUGAUAAAAUUUGAGACAUUUAAUAUCUCAUAUUUAUGAACAAAAUGUGAAUGAGUUUUUGAAUGACGUACACAUGUACAUGAAGUACAUACACCCUGAAUAUAUGCUUCUUCAUUCCCACCUCCCCUAGUUAGUAAGUGGAACAUCAUCAAAUCGUAACGCUAGCAAUUAUAUUCUUUACGACCAAAGGGUACUGUUAAUGGCCAUAAUAAUUAAAACUUUGUCACAAUUUUUUUGCAGUGUUCAAGUUGUAUCUUACUGAAGCUAAGUACUUAUGUUAAUAUUUCGUAUAUUUAAGGACAUUCCAAUCAAUAAAGUGUAUACCAAAGA